AUGUCGGCCGCGCCUAAUCCUGAAUCCAUAAGAGACAAAAUCGAGGGCACCGUCGACACAGAGGCAUAUGCUCGGCUCAAUGGCGUUGACGAGAGAUCGAUAGAGGCAGAAAAACAUGUGGAAAAGAGAGGCCACAAGAAAGUCAUUUUGGUGGGCGCUGGAGUCUCGGGCAUCACCAAGGCGGCGCUCCUUCUCAAACACAAGGCGAUCAGCCUCGAGGAUUUGGUCAUCUUCGACGUGCAAGCCAAUUUCGGCGGGGUGUGGGAGAAGAACAAGUAUCCGGGAUGUGCUUGCGAUGUUCCAGCGUUGCAGUAUACCAACAAGUUGAUGAUCAAUACAGAGUACACGCAUUACUACGCCACCCGGGAUCAAAUCGCCAGCUUCUACGUGAAGAUGGCGCACGAUCUCGGGCUGAACCGGUGUGUCCAGUUCCAGACAUUUGUCAAAAGCUGUGUCUGGGACGAGGCUCGCUUCGUCUGGCACGUUGAAGCUGAGAACCAAAAGCACCGUACAAUUGAGAAGUGGACAACCGAUGUCCUGAUCCAUGCCGUGGGAGCCUUUGACAGACCCAAGUUUGGUCGCACACCGGGUCUAGAGUCGUUCAAGGGCUCUUACUGGCAUACGUCCCGCUGGAACGAUCACGUUGACCUCAAAGGCAAGCGAGUCGCUGUAAUCGGCUGUGGUCCCAGUGCUGGACAGGUGAUUCCGGAGAUCAUUGAUCAAGUUAGCGAGUUGACAGUCUACAUGCGGACGCCGCCAAUGGUGCUUCCAAGGAAGGAUUAUCAACGGUCAGAAGCAUGGAUGUGGAGUAUGAGGAAUGUACCAUUCUUUGCUUCAACAGUCCGCAACGCCGCCUUCGUCCAGCAAUGGCUUCUUGGCCAGUCUGUAGUGACCCGGGGCUCCUACCUCAACAAGACACUCACCAAGAAAGCCCAUGCAUUCUUGGACGAACAAGUCGAGGACAAAGCACUACGCGAACUUCUCCGUCCGGACUACGAGUUUUUUUGUAAGCGACCACUGUUCCUCGACGACUUUUACCCUGCGCUGACCAGGCCUCACUGCACCGUGGUUCGCGAGAGCCUGGACCAGUUCGUCCCCGACGGGAUCAUUUCGACCGAUAAAGCCACCGGGGUCAAACACGAGCGUAGUUUCGACGUCAUUAUCUUCGCGACUGGAUUCAACCUCGCACAGUAUCUCCAGCACGAGACGAUCAUCGGGAGAGGGGGCGUCAACUUACAAGAGCAGUGGAAAGCACAUCCGUCCGCCAUCUACGGCGUGGCCACCACCAACUUCCCAAACUUCUUCUUCUGCAACGGGCCCAACGCCAACACGUAUUCCUCUUUCCACCACGAAAUGAACGAGGUGGCUUCGGACUAUACUUCGCGCAUAGUCAAGGAGAUUUUCCAGCGGAGCAACCACGGCACAAAGUUUGCCGUCAUGCCCAAUGCCGAGUUUGAGCAGAGCUACAACGAUGAGAUACAGAACAAUCUGGGUCACUUGGUGUCGCAGAACAGCGCGUGUAACAGCUACCACAACAACGCCGAUGGACAUAACACGAUUGUUCACCAUCGGAACAUCUGGAAGCUGUGGUGGAGGCUAAAGAAGAUUGAUUGGAAUGAGUGGGACAUUUCGAUGGCUCGGGAUAUCAAAGACUAG